AAUAAUUCUGACUUCAACUGUAUAUUAUAAACAUGAUCAACACAAAUCUGCUGGUUGGGGGCCAGUAGGUAAUUAACCUACUUGCCUCAUUUAAGUUGUUUACAGCCCUGCACAGAAAAACUGAAUGGUUACAAGUUGUAUCCGAUCAACAGUAAAGUUCUUGGUCCGCAAACAUGACCUUUGAACCAACUUCCCCUCAGUUAUAUAAAGAGUAGUGAAAUGCCUCGCUGUUUGCUGAGCACCUGCUUGAUCCGGUCUGAUCAUGAACACCAUUCAUCUUUUCUGUCUGAUUGCUCUGAGCAUCUGCAAACUAAUAACCUGUCAUCCUAUACAAAAGGAAAUGGUCCAAUCUGAUUUAACAAGAGAAAAUGUGGAAGACAAGAUCAGCAGCUAUGGAUUAUUUAUGAUGACUAAAUUAAUUAAUGGUAUAGGAAAUGCCAUUUAUCGAGAGUCAAAUGGAGCUGUUUUACUAAAGAAAAGAAACAAAGACUGCUUCUCACUACUUGAUAUUAAAAGACAUAUUAUAAUGUGCUUGGAUACAACCAAGAAGCCAUAUAUUUUUGUUGACAACACCAAGGACUGCUUUAAAACAAUUCAAAGAAAGAUUUCCCGACAUGCUUUGUGUUCAUGGAGGAAUGAUGCAAAAACCAAAGAAUUACCACCUCCUCCUCUGCAUUUAAACAACCAUAAUUCUCAUCUCAGGCUUAGAAGAAGCCAGCAUUUUGACCCGACUGAUCCUUUGGGAUUCGAGAAUCCAAAGUCAAGGACCACGAAUUAUCAAAGACAGAAUAAAGAGCACGAGCGUGAGCGCACCAGUAAUGUUUCUAGAGAGACCAUCACUUCCUGCGAUGACCCUUUACAUGUACUGCUCUCCAAGAGCCCAGUCAGUCCAAACUUACAAAAAGAGAAGAAAUACAAGCAAGUCGCACCGAUUGAUCCAUUCUGAACAAAUUCCUGAGCUCUUAAAAAGUUCUUAAACUUAAGGAAACACAUCUACUUGGGAAGCUUUCACUUUUUGGAGGAUAUGUAAAAGCAUACACUGAUAGUGCAAUGUCAAGAAACCAAAUGGUUCCAAGAAAUUAUUGCAUAUAUAUGGCACAAUCCAGGGGAUGUAUUAAAAAAAGAUCCUAACUUUAAAAUCGUAGCAUAUUAGUUUGGUAACCUGGUAAUUCAGUCACCUAAUGACCAAACAUACUAAAAAAAUCCUAAAAAACUCCCCUAACUUUAAAAUUAUUUGAAAGCAAAUGGAGAAAAAAACACAAUUGCACCGUCCAAAAAUGGCAUUCAAUUUAUAAAAUAUUACAUAUGAAGAAUGGAGACAUUUAAUGAUGAUAGAUGCUUAGAGUACACUGAAGAUGCAUUAAAUUUCCAUGGCAAAACACUUACGGUAAUUACAGAUGCCAUAUUAUACUGCAGUUAGCACAGGACCUGCGACCAACAUUACAAGUUAUAGUGCAAGUGACUUAUUUUUUUGUAUAUCCGUUUUAGUUUUGGCUAACUCAUUAGCAGCUCCUGCAGUUUUGGUUGCUUGCUAAAAGAGAUGUGAGUGGAUUGUCGAAUUUGAUGGCAAAAUUUCUAACUAUAUAUAUGAUUUUGUAAGAAAUGCCAAAUCAAUAUUUGCUUCUGUGAAACAAAUUUAUAAAAAUAAGAAACUUGCUUUUUCAGCUCAGUAGGUUUAGGUCACUGCUUGUCAGUCCUUUCACCUUGUUAAGUCAGUUAAAAUUUAAACUACCUUGCAAUGCUGUGGCAAUAUAUCGCAGCUUUCAUAAGAACCGUGCGAGUGUCUUUUCCUGAUUAACUGAUGUAGGUCACGUAAUACUCAGAAUUAUGCAGUCUUUGUUUGCAACUUAUGUAAUCAGUUCAUAUCAUUUCAGUGUUGCAAGUACAGACCACCUAUUAUAUUUUCAACACACCUAUGGAAAAAUUAACCACUUGGAAAUUCUAUUUUCUAAAUUCCUUUCUCUGAAUCUACUGGAUUUAUUUAGAAUGUUUUUUUAUUUAUUUUUUAUUCUAUAAAUAUCUGA